AUGACCCUUAAUAGGCAACAACCAGAGAUCGUCAAAGAUCCCUGGGAACUUCGGUCCUUAAGUACUUUGUUCUUCCCUAACUUCGCCAAUGCACUUCGUUCAGCCCGAGACCCCGAGCUUCGUCCCCGACGAAAGGAACUUUGUUUGAUGGGAAAGGAUAAUGUCACGUGGCGCCGCGUGACAACCAGUCACAUCUCGUUCCUUUCGCCCGAUGGUAUCAUUGACUUCUCCACAGAACUUAUGGCCGAAGAUGGCGUGGCGGCCAGUACGAAGGAGAUGCUCGUUCCAUUGGAGCAAGCGACUAUGGUCAUAGCUGCUAACCGAGGAGAACUUCUUUGGGCACCGACGAAGAGGACGAAGAUGACGAAAGGUGACGGAGGAGGAGGAGGGACGGGGACGACAAAGGCCCCGGGAACGACUGGCGACGGGGAGCGAAGGUCGACGGCGGGGGGAGCACGAGCAGAACGAGGGACGCGAGGAGGGGGAGACAGUGAUAGCUCCCACAAAGGAGCAGGAGGGCAAACUGGCCGGAUGGUGACCGACGGAGGGAGAGGAGGAGGAAGGCCGGGAAGUUCGUCCGACAACGAAGGAGAUUCAGUGGCGAACACUGAGCGUCCAGCAGCCGGAGGCGAAGGACGGGAAGUUGUCGAAAGCUUCCGCUGCUUAGCAGGGGAAGGGGGGAGGAAGGAACAGACGCCGGAUGUGCACGAUGCACAACGUGUACCGCGGUUGCGAUCACAUUCUUCUCCUUUGGGAGCCAGUUCCCACCUCUCAGGUUGGGCCGCAAGGAGGGCCAACAGACUAGCCGAAGUUCUAACCGUUCCCGAGCGAGGAACGGGGGAGGAAGAUGGGGCCUCGACCCGUACCCGUUUUCGGAUGGGAGUGGGCAACGAUUGGGCGGCCGACAAGGAAGAAGAGACAGAUAUGGGUGACGAAGUUCGUCGAUGUCUCUUCUUGGGAGACCAAAGGAUCGAAGUUUUCUUUUUUGAACUCACCUCUUUUGAGGGAGUUUUCCUCUUAGCCGGGGUCGAGGACGGGCCGGCGACAGCAUCGGGAGCUGCUGAAGACGAUGAAGAUGCCGACAAAGACGGGAGGGCAGCCGAGAGAGAAGAAAGGCGAGACCAGCCGAGCUGGCGAGGCGGCGAACGAAGGACGAAGGGGGAGCAGGAGGCGGGGAUUGGACCCGGGACACUAACAUCAGCCAUUUGA